ACUCAACAAUGUCUACCACCAUAUUAUAUCCAUUCAAAGUAAAUAUGCAUUCAAUGUAACUUUCUAUUCUUUCAGCAUUGCAUUCAAUUGGGAGUUUGAAUGGAAAACUGUAAAGAAUUUUUAAUUAAGGUGGGGGCUGAGUGCAAUUUGGUAGGUCCUCUCUGCUCUACUACAGCCUCUACUCUGUUGUAAGGGGUGUGGGGCUACUAUUUCCGGCUUGUCCUUGACUCCUUGCACAGAAUCUACCGAAUCCCACCAACAAAAGUCCAAACCGGCCCACAUAAUUAAAGAUUCAAAUUUCUGGGUUGUACUCAAAGUUCCUUCUUUUAAUGUUGUCCCCCCCUAUUAAUCAAAGCCUUAGCUGGCGUUUGUCAAACUUACUUGCAGUUCUGGUGAAAUCAAAACCGAUGUUUGCAUUUCCGAAUUCGGGAAGUGGUUUUUGAAUGGCGUGUAGUGUCGGUACCAACUUUUACAAGUCUUUGGGCAGAAAGAAAAUUACCUGGUCUAGCGUUUUCCUUUUACCAUAUGGAAUACGAAUUUUGACCUGCAGCCUGCUCUUUGAGAUAUACUACGUACAGUCCCCUUAAGCAGUCCCCGCGUACGCAGUUGUUUGUCGUUUGUCCAUAUCAGCUUGGUCGAAAGACGAAAUUAACCUCCUCUGCUUUGAGCCUUUGACGAAGACAAUGGAAGGAAUUCAAAAUCAGAAUUCACUUUGCCGCUACUAUUCAUCCCGCGCGACCCAGAAAGUUCCUCCACCUCUGGCAUUGUUUUCACUGACCUCCACCACCGGCGUUGUGUUCAUCUCCUCCACCACCAUCAGCCGGUAACGUCCUCCCCCACCCACUGCUUAACGAAAAUCGUUUUGCCGCUAGGAGCCCCGCGCGCGACCCAAUUUUUUUGUCUCCUCCACCACCAGCGUAGUGCUAAUCUCCUCCACCACUGCCGUCAUGUUCAACUCCUCCACCAACAUCAGCCGGUAACAAGGAUCGAGGCUACCGAGCAAAUCUGUUUGCCGCUAGGAGCCCGCGCGAGCCAAAAAUUUUUUUCUCCUCCACGAGCUCGCGCGACCCAGAAUUUUUUUUCUCCUCCACCACCGCCGUCGUGCUAAUUUCCCUCACCACCGCCGUCGUACUCAACUCCUCCACCACCGGUGCUGUGCUAAUCGGUCCAUUUUGGUAGACAAUUCGAUGGAGAAAGGGGAAGAAAGCACAAGGCCUACCGGCAGUGCCACAAGGCCUACCAGCAGUGCUACAAGGCCUGCCAGCUCUACUGCAAUGACACAGGAAAUACCAAGACCAUUUUAUCCAGAUUGGUCAGCAUAUAACAGCUAUAUGCAUGGGUAUCAUGGGAUGAUGCCACCUACAUUUUUCCCACCGUUUGCUCCUCGUCCAAAUGCCGACCCUUAUUCAUGGAGAAACGAGCUUCCAACGGGAGUACCGUUUAGACCACCAAUUGCCUAUCCUUAUGCUCCUCCAAUUCCCUAUCCGGGAUGUUCAAGUAAUUCAAAGGACAUGACAGAACCCUCCUCGUCUACUAGGCCAGAACCCUCCUCGUCUACCAGGCGAUCAUUAUUUUCUUCUGAAAGCAAUACUUAUGAGGAUAGUUCAAAUGUCGGAGACGAGGACAUUGAACAAGAGCAGGAGUUUGAUAAUCCAAUGGUUGAGGAAGUACCAUCAAUGGUUGAGGAGGUACCAUCGAUAGUUGAGGAAGUACCAUCGAGCAGCCAUGGAAAUGACGAUGAUGGUGUUAUAGAGCCGAGGCCGGGGAUGUCAUUUAAAACUGAGCAUGAGCUUUUAGACUUCUAUAAGAAAUAUGGAAAACAGAUUGGGUUUGGUGUAAUGACCCAAAGAAGUAAAAGGGAAGACGAUGGGAGUGUUAGGUAUUUAACACUUGGUUGUGCUCGUGGUGGUAAGGCAAGGAACCGUACCUCGAAUGUUUCUAAACCACGGCCGACAACGAAGACGGAUUGUAAGGCUAAGAUUAAUGCAAUCGUGCUUGAUGGAGUGUUGCGUAUAACUACCGUUGAUAAUGCACACAACCAUGGGUUGAGUCCAAGGAAGGCAAGGUUUUUUAGAUGUAAUCGUGCUAUCGACGCUUCCGUGAAAAGACAACUAGAUAUCAACGAUAAGGCAGGAAUAAGUAUGGCUAAAAGUUUCAACUCGUUGGUUGUCGAGGUAGGUGGAUAUGAUAAUCUUCCAUUUGUUGAGAAGGAUGCGCGGAAUUAUAUUGAUAAGGCCCGACAUCUUAGGCUUGGUAAAGGAGGUGCUGAUGCACUCCGUGGCUACUUUGAGAGAAUGCAGUAUAAGAAUGAUGGGUUCUAUUCCUUGAUGGAUUUAGACGACGAGGGAAGAUUAAAGAAUGUUUUUUGGGCGGAUGCACGUAGUAGAUCAGCAUAUGGCUAUUUUGGGGAUGUUGUGACAUUUGACACAACAUACCUAACAAAUAGAUAUGGCAUGCCAUUCGCCCCUUUCGUAGGUGUUAACCAUCAUGGACAAUCAAUACUUUUUGGAGCAGGUUUGAUUUCAAGUGAAGAUACUGAUACAUUUGUUUGGUUAUUUGAGACUUGGUUGAAAUGUAUGGAUAAGAGAGCACCAAAUGCUAUCAUCACUGACCAGGAUAGGGCCAUGAAAAAUGCCAUAGCAAUAGUCUUUCCGAAGACCCGACACAGGUAUUGUUUAUGGCACAUUAUGCGAAAACUACCAGAGAAGUUGGGUUCCCAUUCUAAAUAUAAUGAUGGAUUGAAGAGCGCAUUACACAAAUGUGUUUAUGAUUGCCAAACUUCUGAAGAGUUUGAGAAGUCUUGGGAGGUGUUCCUUGAUACGUAUAAUUUGCAUGAGAAUGUAUGGCUUCAAAGUCUAUAUAGUGAGAGGAUGCAUUGGGUUCCUGUAUAUCUUAAAGAUACAUUUUGGGCUGGAAUGAGCACAACUCAAAGAAGUGAGAGCAUUAAUGCAUUUUUUGAUGGUUUUGUGCAUUCGGGGACAACGUUAAAAGAGUUCGUUGAUCAGUUUGACAAUGCAUUGAGAAAGAGAGGAGAGAAUGAGAUGGCAGCGGACUUUCACUCAUUUAACUGCACAAUCCCAUGUAUAACCCAUUUACCCAUGGAGAAGCAAUUUCAAGAAUUGUAUACUAAUUCUAAAUUUAAAGAAGUGCAGUCUGAGGUAAUGGGGAUUAUUUAUUCUCAUUGUAUUCUCAUCAAGACGGAAGGGGCAAUUUCGACAUAUCAAGUUAAUGACCAGUUGCAAGUUGAAGGGUAUAUUAAAAGAGUUACAUACCAAGCAUACUUUAAUGAAGAGGAGUGUGAGGCAAAGUGCAUGUGUGGACUAUUUCAGAUGAGAGGCAUUUUAUGCAGGCACAUUCUUGCUAUUUUCUCAGUAAAAGAUGUUCAAUCAGUGCCUUCAAAGUACAUUAUGGACAGGUGGCGAAAGGACAUUAAGCGUAGGUAUUCUCUGAUUCGAAGCAGUUAUGAUGAUUUGAGUAAUAAACCAGCUGCUGGAAGGUAUACUAAUUUGAUUAAGCUGUGCUACGAAGUUGCUACAAAUGCAGCUGAGAGUGAUCAUUUUUCAAUGGAUAUGACACAGAAGUUGUUGGCUAUGAAUUUGAGUUACACAAAAACCAAGGCGCAGCCUGUAAUUGUGAAUGUUGGUACUGAGGUUAAUGAUGUUGAAAUGGGAAGUUCAAAAAAAGUGUUAAGUCCUCGCAUUGUUAGAGGUAAGGGGAGGCCUCCAUCAAAGAGACUGGCACCUACAGUAGAGAAGGUUAUGAGGAAGCAACAAACUAAACGUAAACAGUCCGAGACCGGUGCAAAGAGAAAGAGAAAAAAUGCACCUGAACUUCAGGAUGAGGUCUCGAGUGGCGCUCCAACAACAGAUGAGGUCUUCAGUACAAGUGGCGUUGCAGUAACAACAGAUGAGGUCUUGAUCACAAGUGGCGUUCAAGCAGUAACAGAUGAGAUCUUGAACACAAGUGGCGUUCAAGCAGCAACAACAGAUGAGGUCGUAUUUCCUGGCACACAACAAAGUGUCAUUAGCCAGGUGGAUCUUCAACAUGGUUAAUUUUAAUCAGUGUAUAAUGAUAGUGACAAGAAUUUUAUGCCUGUGGAGCUGUUGGCAUUUUAUACAUUUGUUUGGCAUUUGUGUAGCUGGUUGGCAUUUGUGGAGCUGUUGGCAUUUUGUGGAGCUGGUUGGCAUUUGUGUAGCUGGUUGGCAUUUGUGUAGCUGUUGGCAUUUUGUGGAGCUGGUUAGCAUUUGUGGAGCUGUUGGCAUUUUAUGUAGCUGGUUGGCAUUUUGAAUGUAGCUGUUAUUGGUCGCUAUUGAAAUUUUUGUACUCGUUGUUUGUGGUCACACUUUGUAUUUGUGGACCUUUUUUGUAUUUGGCAUUAGCCAUGGCUACAUUUGAUGACAACACUUUGUAUUUCUGGUUACUGAAAUACCUGUUGUGACAUUUAUUUUCAUACACAAUGUUCUUUGCUUUUAAUGAAGAAUGUCAUAUAUUUAAGUUCUUCA